AUGCUGUUUGAAAACUUUGCUGUCCGUGACCGGGAAGAGGGAGAGGAUGCCGGGCCCUCAGCAAGUGCUGCUGACACCGUGGGAGAGGAUGCCGGCCCCCCAGCAAGUGACACCGUGGGAGAGGAUGCCGCCCCCUCAGCAAGUGCUGCUGACACCGUGGGAGAGGAUGCCGGGCCCCCAGCAAGUGCUGCUGACAAAGUGCCAAGCGCAUUUAAUGCAAGCAAGGGCUGGUUCGAAAAGUUUAAGAAACGCUUUGGACUUAAAAAUGUUAGUCUGCACGGUGAGAUGGCGUCUGCGGAUACCGCUGAGGCAGAAGCCUUCGUGAACAAUAAAUUCAAGGCGAUCAUUGAGGAGGGGGGAUAUAAGCCCGAACAAGUUUUUAACAUGGAUGAGACUGCCUUAUUUUGGAAACGAAUGCCCUCCCGCACCUUCAUCAUGCAGGAAGAAGCCAAAGCCCCAGGAUUUAAAGUUCACAAAGACCGUUUGACCCUGGCUAUGUGCGGAAAUGCCGCAGGUUUCAUGAUUAAACCGGGGCUGAUUUACAGGUCUAAAAAUCCUAGGGCGCUGAAAAACAAAAAUAAGGAUGAUUUGCCUGUUUACUGGAUGUACAAUGCAAAGGCUUGGAUGACAAAAGUGCUCAAUCUGGAUUGGUUCAAAAACUGCUUCAUUCCGGAGGUCAAGUGUUAUUUGAGAGGAAAGGGACUGGACUUUAAAGUGCUUCUGCUCCUUGACAACGCCGGAGGUCACGGUAAUGAUUUGGCAUAUGAUGGUGUGCAAAUCGAAUUUCUGCCGCCAAACACUACAUCCCUGAUUCAGCCCAUGGACCAAGGAGUCAUCCGUGCUUUCAAGGCUCUCUAUACGCGCAACACCCUGCAACAUCUUGUUGACGCUAUGGACUCGGAUCAAGAUUUCUCACUGAAGGACUACUGGCGUGGAUACACCAUCGCAUCGUGUCUCCAAAACAUUCAGAGGGCCAUUCAGGAAAUGAAAACGGAAACUCUGAAGGCCUGCUGGAAAAAACUAUGGCCAGAGGCAGUGCAAAACGCAACCGGAGGCUCGCUUGACGAGGUCCACCACUCUGCCGUAGAAACAGCUGUGAAUCUGGCUAAACAGAUUGGAGGAGACGGCUUUAAUGACAUGAGUCCGGAUGACAUAAACGCCCUGAUUGAUGGAGACGCAGACGCACAGCCGCUGACCGAUGCAGAGCUGGCAGAAAUGACAAAGCCACAAAGCGACGAUGAAAGAGAAGAGGGAGAAGAGGACACGAGAGAUGAGGAGGAAGGACUAACGCUUGGUCGCUUAGCAACCAUGGUGCGAAUGGCCACUGAACUUAAGCGAGUAGCUGAGGAAUGGGACCCUUUGAUGAGCCGCUCGUUACACUUCUCCAACGUAAUCGAUGGUGGCAUGUCGGUGUACAAGGAUCUUUUUGCAAAGAAGAAAAAAGAGCGACAACAGCUGCCUAUCACUAUGUUCUUCUCCCGAACAAACACACCUGCACCGCGGGCUUCAGAAGAAGAGAACACUGCAGAGCGCAGUCAGGAUGCAGCGGCCCAGUCUGAAGAGCAGUGA